UAAGCUGUAAACAAACUAGUCUAUACCGGAAGUACCGGCACUGGCGACGUGUACCUCGUAUUUUUAUAUGUAUUUUGCUUUAAAAUGACAGUUUUUAUGCCCAUCUUAUGACAAAACUCGUUUAAUAUAAACACCAUACUUUGACUUUCAUCUCAAAACUACUGAACCGACUUUCUAAAUAGAUUGACAACAAUGGACUCUGAUUCAGCUCCAAGGCGGCCUGGGAUGGUGUCGCAGUUUUUUCGCAGGAUGUGGGAGAUCCAGCAAAAUUUCAUGGACAAAUCCACUCCCCACAUGGCUUUCAGAUGGACAGUCACACUUCUCCUCUUUGCAUUCUACUUCCUUAGAGUCUAUUUUUUACAGGGUUGGUACAUAGUAACAUAUGCCUUGGGAAUCUAUCUGCUCAACCUCUUCAUUGGGUUCCUGACCCCAAAGAUUGAUCCAACUAUGGGACAAGACCAGGACGAGGAUGGUCCCUCACUUCCCACAAGAUCAUCAGAUGAGUUUAAGCCAUUUAUGAGGCGCCUGCCUGAGUUCAAAUUCUGGUAUUCUGGAACCUGGGCAGUGUGCAUUGCAAUGUUUUGUACAUUUUUUGAAGCAUUUAAUAUACCUGUGUUCUGGCCAAUAUUAGUGAUGUAUUUUAUCAUCCUGUUUGUCAUCACCAUGAAGAGACAAAUAAAACACAUGAUUAAGCACCGAUAUGUUCCAUGGUCAAGUGGUAAAACACGAUACAAGGGCAAGGAAGACACUGGCAAAGUGGUUAUGUCAAAGUAACCAUGGCCUGAACUUCAUUCACAGAGUAUAUGAGUUUGAGUGAUUUCAAUUGAUGUCUGCCAUUUGGUGGUGUGCGGUGACUUUCAAUGGUGUGUAGCCACUGUCAUGUGACAUCUCAUCCAAUCAUCCUGAAAAUGUUGGCUGUAUGUUGUUGUAUAGAAUUUAUAACAGAAUUAUAAUUGUAUUGUAUGUU